AUGUAUGGCGGCACCCCCAUCACUGCCGACCGAUUGAUGAAGCCUUUCAAAUGCCCUGGAUCCGCAACACCCACAAGAGCCUCCGAGAAGCCAGCACGCAAGCGAAGAAAGGUCAACUACUCUGGUGCCGAUGGCGAAGCAGAUGAUGCCGACAAGCCAUACAGUAACGAAGACCGACUCGCCCUCGCUACUCGAGAUGUCAAUCGCUUUCCUGUGUUCAAGCCCAAGGACAAAGAUCAGUCUAUGCGUCAACGCUUCACGAUACCAUUUCUCAACAAGGAUUCUGGAGCAUACAAUGCCUCUCGCCCCCCACCUCUUCUAGGACUGCGACAGGGUGCAGUCUUCGUUGCCAAGCCACUCCAUGAUCCUAGUGGAGAGUUUGCCAUCGUUCUUUACGACCCUACUGUUGACGACAAGCCUGCGAAACAAAUAGAAGAAGCAUCCGAGGAAAAGCCAGAAGAGCCAAAGGAAAAGGUGGACGAACCGAUCAUGCACAAGAGCUUAGCAGAUAUCUUAGGAUUGAAGAAGAAGGUUGUCGAGGAGCGUCCUCGAGUACCUGUUGUCAUUGAUCCCAGAUUGGCGAAAGUGUUGCGCCCACAUCAAAUUGAGGGUGUCAAGUUCCUGUAUCGUGCCACAACUGGACUUAUAGACGAGAAGGCUCAAGGAUGCAUCAUGGCAGAUGAGAUGGGUCUCGGCAAAACGUUACAAUGUAUCGCCCUGAUGUGGACUCUUCUCAAGCAAUCACCAGAUGCCGGCAAAUCGUCCAUCAAUAAGGCAAUCAUCGUUUGCCCUUCGAGUUUGGUUCGCAAUUGGGCUAACGAAUUGGUUAAAUGGCUGGGCAAGGAUGCCAUCAACCCAUUCGCUAUCGACGGCAAGGCCACCAAGGAAGAGCUUAUUCAGCAAAUUCGCCAGUGGUCAAUUGCGUCAGGUCGCGCCAUCAUUCGUCCUGUUAUUAUUGUGUCUUACGAUACGCUCAGACUUUACGUUGACGAGUUCAAAGACACGCCAAUCGGCCUUCUGCUCUGUGACGAAGGUCACAAGCUGAAAAACGCUGACAGUCAGACUUUCCAGGCUUUGGAUAGUCUCAAUGUGCAGAAGCGAGUCAUUUUGUCUGGUACACCGAUUCAGAACGAUCUUUCGGAAUACUUCUCGCUACUCAAUUUUGCCAAUCCCAACUACCUUGGUACAAGAAUGGAGUUCCGCAAGAAGUUCGAGCUUCCUAUCCUGCGUGGUCGCGAUGCAGGUGGUUCCGAUGCCGACCGUCAAAAGGGUGAUGAGCGACUGAGUGAACUCUUGGCCCUGGUCAAUAAAUUCAUCAUCCGUCGCACCAACGAUAUCUUGAGCAAGUACUUGCCUGUCAAGUACGAGCAUGUUGUCUUCUGCAACAUGGCACCUUUCCAGAAGGAUCUGUACAACCAUUUCCUUCAGUCUCCUGACAUCAAGAGUCUACUGAAGGGCAAAGGCAGUCAGCCUCUCAAGGCCAUUGGCUUGCUCAAGAAACUCUGCAACCACCCUGAUCUACUGAACCUUCCAGAAGAUUUGCCUGGUUGUGAAAGCACGUUCCCUCCAGACUUCGUUCCAAAGGAUGCUCGUGGCCGUGACAGAGAUGUCAAGUCAUGGUACUCAGGCAAGAUGCAAGUGCUCGAUCGCAUGCUUGCUCGCAUCAGACACGAGACAAAUGACAAAAUUGUCUUGAUUUCGAACUAUACACAGACUCUCGACAUCUUCGAGAAGCUUUGUCGUGCCAGAAAUUAUGGCAGUCUUAGACUCGACGGUACCAUGACUGUCAACAAGCGUGCCAAGCUGGUUGACAAAUUCAACGACCCCGAAGGUAACGAAUUCGUCUUCCUGUUGUCUUCAAAGGCAGGUGGAUGUGGUCUCAACUUGAUUGGCGCCAACCGUCUAGUGUUGUUCGACCCCGACUGGAACCCGGCAGCAGAUCAACAGGCGCUUGCGCGUGUCUGGCGUGACGGCCAGAAAAAGGACUGCUUUGUAUACCGCUUCAUCGCAACCGGAACGAUCGAGGAGAAGAUCUUCCAGAGACAAUCACACAAGCAGUCAUUGUCAUCUUGUGUGGUGGAUUCAGCAGAAGAUGUUGAACGUCAUUUCUCGCUGGAAAGCCUCCGUGAGCUUUUCCAGUAUCGUCCCGAUACUGCAAGUGAUACGCACGACACGUUCAAGUGUAAGCGUUGCAAGGAGGGUAAGCAAUUCAUCAAAGCACCCGCAAUGCUCUAUGGUGAUACCAGCACAUGGAACCACUUCAACAACGAUGGUGAGGCGGGAGCGAUGGGCAGAAUCCAAGAUUUGCUGCUCAGACAGGAGUGUUCGGAGGACAUAGUCAGUGCUGUGUUCCAGUACAUCAGCCAUUAG